CGGCGGAGGACGCGCCCGGCGCCCCUGAGCGGCCGGCAGCGGCGCGCCGCGGGAUGAAUGACUGAUUCAUAAUCGGAGCUGCAGAGGCUGGCGGCGGGCGGUUCUGGGAUCCGGCGCGGGCAGAAUGCGCACACUCCACCUCCGAUUAACGCCAAAGGUGAGGGCCGAAACUCCAUUCUGUGGAAGAAGCUAAGGUUGACACUGCUUCACUUCUUGCUUUGCUGAAGCUUCUUCCUCCUCGGUCAAGCUUCGAUAGAUCUUCCUACAACAUAUGACACACAGAAUCUCUCUUUCCUAAAAUGGAGUCGAGUAAAAAGAUGGACUCCGUGGGCGCACUGCAGACCAACCCCCCACUGAAGCUGCAGCCCGACCGCAGUGGGUCUGUGCUGGUCCCCGAGCAAGGAGGCUAUAAGGAGAAGUUUGUGAAGGCCGUGGAGGACAAGUACAAGUGUGAGAAGUGCCGCCUGGUGCUGUGCAACCCCAGGCAGACCGAGUGUGGGCACCGGUUCUGCGAAAGCUGCAUGGCCACCCUGCUGAGUUCCUCGAGUCCAAAAUGUACAGCGUGUCAAGAAAGCAUCGUUAAAGACAAGGUGUUUAAAGAUAAUUGCUGCAAGAGAGAGAUCCUCGCCCUUCAGAUCUAUUGUCGGAACGAGAGCAGAGGAUGUGCAGAGCAGUUAACCCUGGGUCAGCUUCUGGUGCAUCUAAAAAAUGACUGCCAGUUUGAGGAACUUCCCUGUGUCCGUGCCGACUGUAAAGAAAAAGUCUUGAGAAAAGACCUGCGCGAUCACGUUGAAAAGGCAUGUAAAUACCGUGAGGCCACGUGUAAUCACUGCAAAAGCCAAGUCCCGAUGGUCACACUGCAGAAACAUGAAGACACUGAGUGUCCCUGCGUGGUGGUCUCCUGUCCUCACAAGUGCAGUGUCCAGACUCUUCUGAGGAGCGAGUUGAGUGCACACUUGUCAGAGUGUGUCAAUGCCCCCAGCACCUGUAGCUUUAAGCGCUAUGGCUGCGUUUUUCAGGGGACGAACCAGCAGAUCAAGGCGCACGAGGCCAGCUCUGCCGUGCAGCAUGUCAACUUGCUGAAGGAGUGGAGCAACUCCCUGGAGAAGAAGGUUUCCUUGCUGCAGAAUGAAAGCGUAGAAAAAAACAAGAGCAUACAAAGUUUGCACAAUCAGAUAUGUAGCUUUGAAAUUGAAAUUGAGAGACAAAAGGAAAUGCUUCGGAAUAAUGAAUCCAAAAUACUUCAUUUACAGCGAGUGAUAGACAGCCAGGCGGAGAAACUGAAGGAGCUGGACAAGGAGAUCCGUCCCUUCCGACAGAACUGGGAGGAGGCCGACAGCAUGAAGAGCAGCGUGGAGUCCCUUCAGAACCGUGUGACCGAGCUGGAGAGUGUGGACAAGAGUGCGGGGCAGGCAGCUCGGAACACAGGCUUGCUGGAGUCCCAGCUGAGCCGGCACGACCAGAUGCUGAGCGUGCAUGACAUCCGCCUGGCUGACAUGGACCUGCGGUUCCAGGUCCUGGAGACCGCCAGCUACAAUGGCGUGCUCAUCUGGAAGAUCCGGGACUACAAGCGCCGGAAGCAGGAGGCUGUCAUGGGGAAGACCCUGUCUCUCUACAGCCAGCCCUUCUACACGGGCUAUUUUGGCUAUAAGAUGUGUGCCAGGGUCUACCUGAACGGAGAUGGGAUGGGGAAGGGGACGCACUUGUCGCUGUUUUUUGUCAUUAUGCGUGGAGAGUACGAUGCUUUGCUGCCGUGGCCAUUUAAGCAGAAAGUGACGCUCAUGUUGAUGGAUCAGGGGUCCUCUCGGCGCCAUCUAGGAGAUGCGUUCAAGCCCGACCCCAACAGCAGCAGCUUCAAGAAGCCCACCGGAGAGAUGAAUAUUGCCUCUGGCUGCCCUGUCUUCGUGGCCCAAACUGUUCUAGAAAACGGGACGUAUAUUAAAGAUGAUACAAUUUUUAUUAAAGUCAUAGUGGAUACUUCGGAUCUGCCUGACCCCUGAUGAGUACCUGGGGAGGUGGAUUUAGCAGAAGGUAACUCCUCUGGGGGCUUUGAACCAGUCUGUCCUCACUGAGGUCCUCGCACUCAGAAAAGGACCUGGUGGGACGCAGGAAGCAGCAGGAGGCGGACGCACGGCUGGCGGGAGGAACCACACGUGAACACACUCCAGCGUUUUCUAACAGACUAGCCACACUCCACUCUGAAGAGUUAUUUAUCCUUCAAUGAGAUAAAUAUUGCUGUCAGAGGAGGGUUUCAUUUUCAUUUUUAAAGAUCUAGUUAAGUAAGGUGGAAAACAUAUGCUAACAAAAGAAACAUUUUUCUUCCGUAAACUUGAACACCCAAAAGAGGAAACGCACGUGGGGACAGCUGGACCUGUCGGCAUGAACAGCAAAAGGAAAAUUUAUGAAAUAAUAAUGCAGUUCUGAUAUAUUCACCCUAAAAGUCAAGAGUGCAAUCUUGUUUCAAAUAUAGUAUAUUGUCUAUUUUUAAGGCCUCAUCUGGUCUCUGUUCUAAUAAUUUGUUUGUCAGAAGACCCUGAAGUGCUAGGUCUUUUUUUUAAAGUCUCUAAAUUCCGAAAUCAUUUUUUAAUUUAAAGUUCUACAAAUAAUUGUUACUGCAAACCUUUUAUUUUAAAACGUGGAUAGACUGAUAUUUCUUGGAAGAAAAUGUAAACUAACACUGGUUAUCACUUGUGAUAGGAAAGAGAACAUUCAAUCUGUUGCUAUUUCUCGUUAGAAAUGUAAACCUUCAAUAUCUGUCGUAGUUAAUGACACUACUUCAAAAUUACUAUGAAAGGAACAUUGCUCAUGGAUGCUGUGCAUCAUUUUCAGAUUUAUAAUUGUUUUCACCCUAAAAUAGGGCAUUAGUUGAACUUUGGAGUUCUAAACAAAAUCCUGUAGGCUUUUGAGAUUCUGCCCCGGUUCAGACAAGCUCUCCAUUGCUGACAGCGCCGCCUUGUCUCCAGGGUCGCGUCGGGGGUGGGCAGGUGGCUGUGCUGCAGGAGGCCCUCGCAGGUGUCCUUCGUCUUGUCACACUGCUGCGCUCGGUGAGUGAUCUCCGAAAGCAACGCCUUUGCUCAGAGAUGGUGGCAUACGGUACAUGUGCCUUAGAUGUGACGUGCUGCUUCUCCACCCUGGGUUGUGUCCGGCAUGGUUCUAGAACGUGAUGGUCUGACCAGACGUAUCUCUCCACCGCUAGGUCUCUGUCUACAGGCUCUCAACCCCCUGUGCUUGCCAGGGAAGCCAGGCUCAUCAGUGGCUUCCGGAACUUCCACUGCUUAGCUGUCCCAGAUUCCAGACUCCAGGCCGCAGCCUGCCCUGCCCUGCCCUCCCUGAGCAGGCAGGCUGGAGCAGAAGCUGCGCCUCUCCCUGUACACCACCCCCAGGCCUGGGGCCCACACAGCUCAGAGCAGAGCCCUCUGAGCUUUCCAGAGACCGCUGCUCGGGGGUCUGCCCAGGCCGACUGCCAGCGGCGCCAAGCCACCACCCUGAUGGGAAGGUCGCCCGGGCUGCUUCCCCAGCCUGCCCCUGCCUGAGCAGCACUCCCAGCUCACUGUUUACCAACUGUGAUUAGAGCCUGGAGCCCCGCCCCGUGCCCCUUUGCUAUGCACCACGCUUCACGGUGCUCUUACACUGAUGGGUGCUACACGCGACGGGUGCUUCUUAGGCAGAACCAAUGUGUGCGGGCCACCACAUCUGUGCCACUCGCCCAAAAGACGCGCCCACAAUUGGCCAGCUGGGCCGCGCACUUAGACUGCCUGCCUCUGGGCUCUCCCCACGGUCGUGCAGGGACGGCUGGUUGGUGCCUGGCGCCCACCUCGUCUCUGGUGCUGCCAUCUGUCCUGGGUGUGCCUUUGCCCCAGUGCCUGCUGGAAGUGCCCUCCCGCACACCCGUCCCUGUGCUCCCAUAAGCCACCUGCUUGGUUCCAAGCGCCUGCCAUGCCCUUCCACGGCUAAGACACUGGUUCCUCCAUCUGCCACUCCUUGCUCCACUCCUGGGAUGCUCUGGGUAGAUCAGUGUCCUUGGUUGUGCCCCAGGGAGGAGCCACCAUCCCUGCUCAGCAGAAGGAUUUCUUGCAGGAACUGUGGAGCCCGCUGUUCCCUCGAAGGUGUCCCUGACCUCCUCCAGGCCUGUCCACUGGGUCUGGAGGGGAGAGGAGCACCUGGCAGGCCCCACCAGCCCUCAGUGGCUUUCCCACAGCCAGGUGGCAGUGCAGGAACGUCCCUGUGGCUUGCUUCCCGAGAACGGGAAGCAUGCGCACCACCACAGAUCAGGGUGAGCAGCGUGGCCAGGUGAGAAGCCUCUUCCCCUUCUUAGAAACCCUGGUUUGGGUGAGACCCUGCAGGGACUCUUGGGAGCUUAUUGGUGGGAUGUGUCCCAGGUCCCUCCCUCUUCCCCCAGGCGCCUACAGAAUGUGACUGGAGUGACUGCAGGGUCCUUUGGGGUGAGGGCGUGGCAGGUUGGUCUCCUGCUUGUGGUUUGGUGUUGCAGGGUGGAAGUGUGGGGAGCCCAUGCCUUUGGGCACUGGACCCGCUGUCAUGCUGUCCCCGGGCGCUGCUCCAUCGCACUCCUUGGUGCCCCAGUCGGUGCUGCCGCUCGGGCCAUCCUCGGGCUGUGGUCCCCAUGCCUGAGACCUGGCUGUCCAUCGGGCCCUGUCCUGCUCUCUCUGCUUCACAGGGCCCCAGCCACAAGAAGCAAAGGGUGGUCCAUACACUGUGUGUGUCUGGGUGUGCUCUUCCCAUUUACCAAAAGUAACAAAACUCCCCACAGGACAGAGCCGUCCAGCCCUCUGAAGCAGCACUCUGAGUCUUUUCUGCUGUCACCUCUGUGAGGGACAUGGGUGCGCCUUCCUGUUUCUGCUCCCCAUGGUUCAGCAUGUUGCUCCCACCACUCCUGCCACAGGGGCUGCUGGGGCCGAGCCAGUUAGACACGCAUGGGCCUGGGCUUCUGGCCUCUGGGCCUGGGCCCUCUGUAGUUGGGAACGUGAGCAGCCGGAGAGUCAGAAUGCCCGAGACGGUGCAGGGCCAGGCUGAGGCUGGCUAGUGGAGGCCUUGGCAGCAAGGUGGGUGGGUCAGGGAGCCGGGGUGUGGGGGUUAGGACUAACAGACCCAGCCCUGCGUGGGCUGGCCUGGCCCCAGAGAGCCGGGCUUUCCAGUGUCCAGGCUCCUAGGAAGGGCAGUGGGUCCCCGCAAGAAGGCAGCUCCCUAUCCUUCCCCCACACACGUCCCAGGAGCCCUGGGUUAGGACCUGGAUGUGCUCCCAGUGCAGAAGCAGAGGUGGGCAGAGGGCUGUAGAGGGGGCCCCAUCUGAGUUCUGAUCCCUGUCCCUCCUGGAGCCCCCGAGCAGACAGCAUGGAACCCUCUUUAUACUACAUCCCCACACCCCCCGCCAGCCAACAGGGGCGGUUGCUCGGGGUGUCUCCUUGCCUCCCUCCUCUGUGGCUCUGCCCGGCCCCUGUUUCUGCCUUGGCCUGUUGCCCAGGGAGCCUUGGUGGGGAGUGCUGUGGCUCCCGCUCUCUGUGCAGCCUCUACCAGGGCCUGCAGAUCCACUGCCCAUCUGUACCCCUGCUGAUUUGGCUUCCCCUUGACCACAUGUGGCCAGCCUUGGUGAGGACAUGGACGUCAGACACAGUCCACGGGGAAGCCAGCCACCUCCCCAGAUCACCUAAGUCACCCAGGACUGGACCACGCAUCCUGGUAAAUGCUGCCACCUUGGGGUCGUCACUGAUGUCACCCCUUUGUUCGGCAUCCUCUGUGAAAUAGUUGCCCAGUCAGGCCCGGCAGCUCCAUAGCACUGAACAGUACCCAGCAAAGGAGAGGGUGCUGAAGGCCCACCACAGCAGUGCCCUGGGGAAAGAAGGUAGCCCACAGACCCACAGCCAGGCCACACCUCCUUUCUCCCCCAUGCCUCGCGAAGUGGCACGGGACCCUCAUAGUGUGCCCAGCCAAGACGCUUCCAGCCAGGCAGGGUGGCAGCAUGCUAUCUAGGAGCACAGACUCCCCUGGGUGCCCCUUGCCCAGUCCCCACCCUCCCAGACAUCCCUCUGCUUGGGUCACUUGCUCGUUGGAAAGGGCCUGUGUGGAGGUUGAAAUGCCAUUCUUUUCUCUUGAGUCCAGAUCUUCCCUGACCAGGCCCAGAAGGUGUGCUCGGGAGUUCUCAGUGCACCUGUGCAUCAGGGUGUAUGAAAUGAGGAGGGUCUGUCACCCAGGUCUAUCUCUUGGCCCAAGACCACAGUCCUGUCUUCUGUUUGCAAAUCUCAUCCGCUCUGUUUUCUCUGAAGUUGGUGUCGUGAGCCCAUGAGGGCCUGCUCAGGUGCAGUUGGUGUCAGUGGGUGACCUGGUCAGCAUUCCUAGUUUGGCAUGGCUGGUGCUGGUUGUCAGCAGGCACUGAGUCAGUGGAGAGCCAGGCCAGCAGGGACCCGGAUAGGCCAGGCCAGCAGCCCGUCCCAGAGGCCAGGAAACAGGUCAGGGGUGUCUUCCACUUGCAGAGGUGUGCACAGACACCACUGCUGGGCAGACGGGCAAGACAGCACCCCACAUUGUGGCUGGUGGGGUCGUGUGGUUGAGGAGGGCCCGAGUGGCCAGCAGAGCUGUGUUUCAUUUCCCCUGAGUCGAUUUCUGUCUUGUGAGCUCGUGUGAAAAAGGUUCAAGUCCAGGAGCGCUGUGCCACUCCUGUCAACAGUGGUGAGUGGUUUUAUGACGUAGUCCCCUUAGUCAAGUAAGAUGACCUUCAGCAGCAAACUAAAUGACUUAAUUGGAAAAACAUAAAAUCCGGCCUUAUUUCCAAGGAUUUCCGUAAGCAGUCUCUCUAGGAGAACCUCCGCGGCGAGGGAGUGUGGAAGCCGACGGAGACAGCUGGACUGUUGGUAGGAUGCGUCAGUUCCUGGUGGUCCACCUCUUGUGUUCAGUUCUUACCCAGAAACAAAGACCAAAGAAGGCCAGUCUCUCAUUUGACUCUGUAUUUUUAAUCUGCCUGUUUUAAAACUCGCCGUCUGUAGUGCACUCACUGUGAGGACCCUCUUGACAGUCCAAGUGAUUGUGACCAGUGAUCACUCCCGUGUCCUCUGCUCUUCUAAGAAACGGUAUGAGUUAUUGCUCAGCAAUAAUCCUGUUGUUAGGAGUUAGCAACAUGUCUGGUUUCCCGAUAGCAUUAUUAUGUUCUAUAUUUUUGUUUACUGUAUAUUUUGUGUGGUUUUAUUUGGUAUUUAUUUGUGUUUUGAGGUCUUGCAAUGUUUUUGUGUUUCCGAUGCUAAUAACUAAAGUCUGUAAGACUGUAGAAUGCAAAACUUUGACAUGUUAAACUGUCUUAUUAGAGGAAAAUAAAUCUGAUUAAGAGUC